AUGGUCCGACCAAGUUCGCUUCGCUCCAGCAGCGACGAAUCUUUCGCGUCUGGCAACCGAAGAUCUACGGGACUGUUCCGCGCGGCUACAGGCGAGAAGCCGUCCUCGAUCAACGGCGGCAGCCUGUCGCCUACUACCGCUGCCAAGCUGACAGCCGACUUUGGUGCGCUGCUCGCCAGCACCUCGCCUCCGCUCAGCCCUCGCUUACGCGCCGCCGAUACAACAGGCGUUUUGCUCCAACAUGCAGCUCGGGUGGGCGACGUGCGGAUGCUGGUGGUUUUGUUGGAUGUGGUCGGAUAUCAUCCAGAUGUUUAUCCGAACAUCGAUGAGGUCACCGCGGAAGAAGCGCAGCAGCGAACGCCGCUGUCAUGGGCAGCUGGCGAGGGCCACGGGGCGAUAGUGUCUCUGUUGUUGGAAUGUAGUGCAGAUCUGGAGCGCAAGGAUGAUAGGGGUAUGACAGCACUACACUGGGCCGCUGCUAGAGGCCAUCGCGAGGUGGUGGAAGGAAUUCUGGCAUGGUAUCGCGACCGAAGGCAGCUCGGGCAGAGCAAGGGCAGUGUCACUAGUCACAGUGGAAAUAUCGAGGAGACGCCAGCAUCGACAAGGAACGCCGAGGAAUGGACGGAUGGGAGCGGGCACACCCCACUUGCAUGGGCAGCUAGUGCGGGCCAUACUGAGGUGGUCAACCUUUUUCUGGGCGCGGAUGCCGAAGAAGAUGGCUUGGGUUUCGCUCUGAUGGAUGUGGAUGAUAUACACGGCCGCAAUCCACUCUCUUGGGCCGCUGGCAACGGGCACUAUGGGACAGUGAAGGCACUUCUGGAUGCUUUGUGGGAACGUGAGAACGUUACACGAGUCCAAGGGCGGCGAACUCACUCUUCUAGAGUGCGUAACAGACUAAACCGGCGUUGGAGGAAGGGACGGAAUGCGGAGUCCAGCGAUUCGACUUCUGAGACAGAACAGACUCAGAUUCACCACAGACAUGCUGACCGCCAGGGGUGGACACCACUGACUUGGGCGGCAUUCGGUGGCCAUGCGGGCAUUGUAUGGAUGCUCUUGCAGGAUGGUGCGGACGCCAACACAGAGGACAGGGACGGCCGCACACCACUGUGGUGGGCGGCCUCCGAAGGGCAGGAGGAAACUGUCCGAGCCUUGCUAGAACAUAAAAGCGUGGACCGAGAGCACGAAGACAAAGAUGGAGUAACGGCGGUGGCUCAGGCCAUAUAUCACGAACACGCUACAGUGGCGGAGAUGCUACAGAAAAAUGAGGAUGCUUCGGCAAUAUCAGCGGUAGGUGCUCCCGAAUUCCUGCUAUGGUGGGCGAUCAAAGAAGGAUAUACGGCAAUUGUAGCGAGUGUGCUCCAGGGCGGUGCGGACCCGGACAUUCUGGUUGACGGCGAAUGGCUGCCGCUACUCUGGGCAGCAGCGAACGGUGACGAGGCUCUGAUCAAGCUCCUCUUGACCCAUGGUGCGAAGACAGAUGCGACUGCGGACACUGUGGUGAACUCCCAUGUGGGUUCCGACCAGUCCCGGACCGCCCUGUCCUGGGCUGCCGGAAACGGCCAUAUUGGUGCGGUACAAAUCCUUAUCGACAGUGGAGCAAAGCUGGACUGGAUGCCGAUCAGCAACUUGCUGAAGUCACCCCUUGCGCAUGCAGCGGAGAAUGGUCACACAGAAGUGGUGAGCCUACUUCUGAGGUCCGGAACAGAUCCACAGAUAUCAGAUCCGUUUUCAAAAAAGAGCUCUAGUCGCAAAGACUGGUCGCUACGGAAGACACCCAUCGGAUUAGCCUUUGACAAUGGCCAUUUGGGGAUUGUCAUGCAGCUGAUAGAUAGUUGUCUCAAGGGGUUGGAGUCAGAAGUCGCCAAGGUACCCAGCCGCUCAGAAUACACUGAAGAAGUUGUCUUAUCCUGGGCAGCAAGGUUGGGCCAUCUGACAGCCGUCAAGCAGCUGUUGUCCAAGCCAGGGGUGGCUAUGGCCAUGCACGACCCGAGGUAUGAUGGGAGUCGACUGCCUCUUUGUGAUGCUUCCGAGGCUGGUCACGAUGCUAUUGUGACCUUGUUGCUCGAGAAGGGAGCGAAGGUUGAUAUCCCGGACUACGACCAUUGCACUCCGCUUUGGCUUGCCUCUGCCAAUGGUCAUAGCACCGUCGUGUUGCAACUAAUUGCCAGUGGAGCAAGUCUCGAUACCGUCGACCCAAGCGAACACAAUACUCCCCUCCACAAGGCGGCCGCUGGGGGCCAUCAGGCUACUGUGUCUGUCCUCAUAGAUCACGGUGCAGACAUUUUCGUCUACAAUAACUCAAAUCUGACUCCGCUAUCAUACGCGGCGGAGCAUGGAGAUGUGUCAAUCGUGAAUUUGCUCCUGGGGGUGGGCGCAGAUCCCAAUGGAGGGCCUCGUGCGAACGGAGAAACCCCUCUUGCUCGGGCAGCAGCCAAGGGCAAUGUUGCUGCUGUGACCACGCUACUAGCCCAAGGUGCUAUAGUUAAUUUGCCAUUCGGCGAGUCGCCGCUGUCUCGCGCUGCCGCUGGCGGUCACGCCGCAGUCGUGGAUCUGUUACUUUCGCAGCCUUACGCAGCCGACCCGAACGCACAGCCUUCUUCCCCUCUUUCCUCUGGGAAGACUACUCGCCGACCUCUCCUGGCCGCAGCUGAUAGUGGAAAUGCCUACAUUACUUGUCGCUUGCUGGAAUUUGGAGCAGAAGUCGAUGCUCAAAACGAGACAGGCGAAGAUUCGGCGCUGUGUCAUGCUGCAGUCUACGGCCACGAAGAGGUGGUCAGACUGCUUCUUGACCAUGGCGCAGUCAUUGAACCACAGAAACCCACCAAGAAGAACAGGCCGAUUGUCCUGGCCUCGAAAGGAGGGUCGGUGGGGACUGUCAAGCUGUUGCUUGAGAGAGGGGCUGGAUUCAGACCGACUCAGCCGAAGGAUUCAUCCUCAGUGCAGGUAAGGGGGUCGGCGAUGGAGCAGGCAGAGGGGCUGAGGAUUCCUUUGGAGGUGGCUGCAAAAGACGGCCAUCAUGAAGUAGUAGCUUUACUACUAGACCGCAUCUUGGAGCUAACAGAGGAAUGCCCAGCAGAAUCUAAAACCAAGGACGGCAAUGUAAAGUUGAGGCCGGAGAUCGUCAAAAGCUUGGACUGGGCAAAAUGGCACAGGCUUUGGACCGAGAAGGGAAAAGAGGAUACUGUGCGAGUCAUGCUUGCAUCUGGCGCGGAUCCCAAUGCCACAGAUAGCAGGGGCCGCACGCCUCUCUUCCAGACCGAGAACGUCGAUAUCGCACGGCUUCUCCUGGAAGCAGGAGCGUUGCCUGAUCUCGCUCGCGACCAUGAAAAUGAUACGGCUUUGUCAAAGGCCGCCCAGGCCGGAGCCAGCAACAUGGUCAAGCUCCUUCUCGAAUACAAAGCAGACAUCGAGGCAAAGGACGUGAACGGCCAGACGCCACUGUCACUAGCGGCACGUUUUGGGAACCUGGAGAUGGUCAAACUGCUGCUCGACCACGGCGCCAACCUCGAGACGAAGGAUCUUGAGGGUCUCACGCCCCUGUCUUGGGCCGGCUGGACCCGGAAUGAAGAGACUGUCGCAUAUCUCUUGGAAAGACACGCGGAUCCAGAUGCAUUCAUCGGUGGUGAUCCGUCCUAUACAGACCUUCGCUUGCGGAUGACGACUCCUCUAAGGCUAGCAUCGCGCGACAGCUCGGAUUCGGUGGCUGGAGGGUUGAAUGAUCAUUACUGGCGCUUAAUACACGAGCGUCCGCAAUCCAGUGGGCCUUUCCCCACUGACGAGGAAUAUCGAAGCCCGGAAUGCUGCGAUGUGUAA